AUGGUGCACAAGCAGACCCGCUUCAAGUGCGGCCCCUGCAACACCUCAUUUGGUGACGCCAGUAUGCUCAAGCGCCACGAAAACCGUUUUGACGGCUGCGAGUUCCACCACCACCAGGAGUCGCGCAGGAACAAGCACGAGUUCGAAAAGCACUCGAAGCCCCACACCUGCGAUCCUGCGACGUGUGCGGCCAAGGCUUUGGUCACCUCUCCCAGCUCAUGCGUCACGUUGCGUACGGGGUUCCAGCGCGAGGAGACUCCUCUCGAGGACUGGUAA